AUGUUACAUGGAGGUGUCGAAAUGGUCUUAGUCUCUCUCAGGAGAAAAUGUUGGGUGCUACGAGGCCGUGAAGUAGUGCGCGCAGAACUCAGUCAUUGUUUUACUUGUAAGCGAUACAAGUCAAGAACUCAAACUCAAUUAAUGGGUGAUCUUCCCGAUUGCAGAGUCACUCCUAGUCCUCCGUUUCAGAAGACAGGAGUUGAUUAUGCUGGACCCUUUCCAGUUCGACUAUCAAAAUGUCGUGAAAAGGGCACACUCAAAGGCUAUAUCGUUGUUUUCGUGUGUAUGGCAACUAAAGCCAUACAUUUAGAGAUUGUGGAAGAUUAUUCAACAGAGUCGUAUAUUGCGGCCUUCCAGCAUUUCGUCUUAUGUAGAGGUCACUGUGCUGACUUAUACAGUGAUCAGGGUAAAAAUUUUGUUGGAGCUGACCACAAGCUCAGAAAAAUGCUUAAGGAUCGACAUCAGUCAGAUCAAUUUGCUGAUAACUUGUUGUCAUUAGGAACACAAUGGCAUUUUAAUCCACCGGCUGCUCCCCACUUUGGUGGUAUUUGGGAGACAGCCGUGAAAUCAACCAAGUUUCAUCUAAAAUGA